AUGGCAGGAUUUUUCUAUCUAGGAGGGAGAGACAACAACAACAACAACAAACAAGAUCACCAUCAAGUUGACAAGGAUCACCAUCAUCAUCAAGACAAGAGCAACUAUCUUUAUCUUUACAAAGACGAGAUCUAUAACACCAACAAGGGUUUCGAGAUUUGGCCUCCACAGUACUUCCAACAACAACAAGAACAACAGCAACAACAUGUCACAGCUCCUCCAAACUUUUACUCCUUUGGAAUGGUCCCAAGCGGAAGCAGCAACAACAACAAUAACCGGAGCCGGGGUUUAUACUUCAACGUAGUCCCAGAUCAUGAACCGGGAGGGUUCUCUGUAACGAGACAAGGAGGUAUGAAUUGUCAAGAUUGUGGGAACCAAGCUAAGAAAGAUUGUCCCCAUAUGAGAUGUAGAACUUGUUGUAAGAGUCGGGGCUUUCACUGUCAGACUCACGUUAAGAGCACUUGGGUUCCAGCUUCUAAACGCCGUGAGCGUUUAGCUCAACUUGCUUCCUUGCAGCACCAUUCAUCCUCCAGCCGUGAAACACAAAACGCAAACGCUAAACGCUUACGUGGAGUUAACGGUGGUGAGAAUGAUGAUAAAGACCAUAGUGGUGGUGGUGGAUCGGCGCUUGCUACCCGUGUGGUGAAUACUAAUUCUAAUUCAGGGUUGGAGCCGGUUCAAACUUUACCACCGGAAGUUAGCUCACCAGCGGUUUUUCGAUGCGUCCGAGUGAGCUCGAUAGAAGAGGAUGAAGAUGAUCAAGAAUAUGCAUAUCAAACGGCUGUGAACAUUGGAGGACAUGUCUUCAAAGGCAUUCUUUAUGACCAAGGACCGGAUCAAGAUCACCACCACCAACUUAAUCUACUUGCCUCCACUGCCACAACCACUAAUGCUGAAGAGGCUGCCGCAAAAGCUGCGGUUACUAUUGCUGGAAACAAUAACAAUGGCUUAAUUCAAGAUCCUUCGUUGCUUUAUCCGACUCAAAUCAACUCAUUCAUAGCCGGUACGCCAUUCUUCACACCUCCGAGGGAUUAA